UACAUUCAUAAACAAUUAGAUGAAGUGAAAGGUGACGGAUCAAUUAAUGAAGCAAUUAGACAGAUUGGUUUAGCUGAUGUUAUUAUUAUUAAUAAAUGUGAUUUAAUUAAUGAUGAUGAAAUAUCAACAGUGAUUCAAAGAAUCAGGUCUAUUAACUCUAUGGCUAAUUUUAUACAAACAACUAGAUCAAAGGUUAAUCUUGAUGAUAUUUUAGAUAUCAAUUGUUAUACUACCAGUGAUAAGUCCAUUGGUAAAAUUGAAUUAUAUUCACAAUCAAUGACUGAUCAGUAUCACAUUGAUAAGUCAGUAAAUACUGUUACUUUUGAAGUAAUUGGAUCAAUUAAUGAAAAUAAACUGGAGGAGUGGCUACAAGAGUUAUUGUGGGAGAAGUCAAUAAAGAAUAAAAAUGGAAAAGAAAUGAACAUAAUGAGAAUGAAAGGUUUAUUGUGUAUUGAGUCCAGUACAGUUAAGGUGAUACUCCAGUGUGUCAAUGAGUUAUAUGAACUGAUACCAACCAGUGGAUGGGAGGAGAAUGAAGAACAUAUCAAUAGACUAGUCUUUAUAGGAGUCAAUUUGGAUAGAGAAUCAUUAUUGAUGUCUUUUAAUACCUUUACAAAACAGUAAAAAAUAAUUUUUUUUCAUUUAUAAUGAGGUGCCUCUUGCUCCUUUGCGUUGA